AUAGAGCUACCGGACGGAACCCAAACCCUACCCAUUUCAGUUCCACGAUCUCGAACAAUCUACAUACAAAACAAUCACCUCGUCGUUGCUCAGCAGAGUCUGGUUUCCUGAAACAUCGAUCUCUUUCGCUACAGAUUCACUCCGCUCUCAGCUUCUUAAUCUCAAGCGAUGUCGGAACCACCUUUUCGACCACGGGAGAAGCUUCUAGAGAAGCAGAAGUAUUUCCAAAGCAUCCACAAACACACAUAUUUGAAAGGGCCUUAUGAUAAGAUCACCUCUGUUGCCAUUCCUGCGGCUUUGGCAGCCAGCGCAAUAUUCCUUAUCGGACGAGGGAUCUAUAAUAUGUCUCAUGGGAUUGGGAAGAAAGAAUGAGGAGGCAUCUUUUUUAAUGACAGGCAUCAUGUUGAUUUCUGCUCAUAUUUUAAAGGAUUAUUUGCUCUUGCACAUGGACUAGUUGUGUUUGAAGUAUUUCUUUUGUUUAGUACCUCUAAUAAUUGCAUACUUGUAGACUUCUUGCUACCGAUGGAAGUUGACACUUCACUGUUGAUGGAUUUA